ACACGGUCUUACUUUCGCAUCCGCGUGUUUAUAAUUUAGAAUCUAUUAAUUUCGCAAAGUAAUCAUGGACGACGAGGCGGAAACCUACAAGCUGUGGCGUAUUCGGAAGACCAUCAUGCAGCUGAGCCACGAUCGCGGCUAUCUGGUGACCCAGGACGAGUUGGAUCAGACCCUGGAGCAAUUCAAGGAGAUGUUUGGCGACAAACCCAGUGAAAAGCGACCCGCUCGCUCCGAUUUAAUUGUUCUCGUGGCCCACAACGACGAUCCCACGGAUCAGAUGUUCGUCUUCUUCCCGGAGGAGCCCAAGAUCGGCAUCAAGACCAUCAAGACGUACUGCACCCGCAUGCAGGAGGAGAACAUCCACCGGGCCAUCGUUGUGGUCCAGGGUGGCAUGACGCCAUCUGCGAAACAAUCGCUCGUCGACAUGGCCCCCAAGUACAUCCUGGAGCAGUUCCUCGAAUCCGAGCUGCUGAUCAAUAUCACGGAGCACGAACUGGUUCCCGAGCAUGUGGUCAUGACCGUCGAGGAGAAGCAGGAGCUGCUCAGCCGUUACAAACUGAAGGAGAACAUGUUGAUGAGAAUCCAGGCGGGCGAUCCGGUGGCGAGAUACUUUGGACUCAAGCGCGGUCAGGUGGUCAAGAUCAUUCGUUCCUCGGAGACGGCAGGAAGGUACAUCUCCUACCGACUGGUGUGCUGAUACUGGACUUACGGAUUACCGACUUACGAUCUUUAUAUGUAGCUUAAGAACUCUAUGAUUUAAGCAAAAGGUAGCGAGCUUGCACUAAUAAAGCACAAUCUUUUGGAAA